AUGCCGCUCUCACAAACCACCCGCGACCGCAUCUGGCUGGUCUGGUUCUGCCUCCAGAUUCCCGUCAUUCUUUGCGUCGAUGCCGUCGACACCUACCCUGCCUGGCUGUGCGCCGACCCGGGCGCACCGCUGCACUUCUUGCACACGUUCCGGCAGUGGUAUGUGACGACGUACAACGACCCGUUGAUGGACUGGACGCCGGCCUCGGGCGCGGCCGUGGGCGCCGGCGGCCCUUGGAUGACGCUGUUUCUGUGGAUCGAGAUAGCGGCGACGCUCCCCAUUGUGCUUUACUCGGUGUACCGGUUUACGCGGUUGGCAACGGCCACGUCAACGGCAACGGCACCGUCCCACGCAGCGGCGUCCACCACGGGCCCGUGGGAGCUUCUGUUUCUUGUCUACGCAUUCGAAACCGCGCUGACGACGGCCGUGUGCAUCCACGACGUCGGGUACUGGAGCCCGGCCGUCUACUCGGAGGCGGACAAGAACGUGUUCCGCUACCAGCUGUUUGGGCCAUACUUUGCCAUGCCCGCACUCCUCUUUGUCGACAUGUACAGUCGGUUGUUGGCCCGCUUCAACGUCGACAGCACCAAAAAGACACAGUAG